UAUCAUAUGCAACAAGUUGUUUGGAUUGAAGAUGGUGGAGAAGAACUUUGGGCACCAAGUCAAAAUUAUACUUUAAAUAAUAAAGAAUUUACAGCAUUGUCAAAAUUUUAUCACGCUAAUUUUGAUCAACCGAUUAUAGAACUAUAUGACUGGGGAGUAAAAUAUACAAAGCUACGUACUAGAGAAGGCUAUAUGAUUGGUUCUUUAAUGUCAACAGCUAGUGCUAAUGCACGUGAAAAUACAUGUGUUUUGUAUGAACUUGAAGUUAAUAUUGCAAAGCCAAAGAAUCCAGAAAAGUAUGAACUACGGCAAUUUUUUGGCCAAGUACAAUAUUAUUUUUACUAUGUUUUUUGUGGAAAGUAUCAAUUGCUUGCAUAUAUUCACAAUGUAAGAAAUGUACAAAAAGGGUCAUAUGGCUUAUGUAAUUUUGAAGAAUUUGGUAAUUAUGAGUUUAUAGAUGUAUCAAUGAUACGAAGAUGUGUGGGUUUUUUAAAACUAGGAAGGCAUUCAUAUGUUAUUGAUAAGACAAAUUAG